AUGGCCCCAAUAGUGUCUUUAACCAUUCUUGCCAUGCUCUCUGGGGCAAUGGCUAGCCUUCAGACAGGAACAUCUAGCCCUCCAACAGCCACACUAGCCAGCACGACCAAAGCGAUAUUCGUGGGACGAUCUCUCCCACAAUUCAAACAAGAUCUCUUCCUCGGUAUAAAAUAUGCUGAUCAGCCUGUUCGCUUCACGCCAGCCCAGCUGAAGAGUACAUACGCUUCCAACGACAGCAAUUCCGGUGAAUAUGAACUUUCCGGGACCCAAAGAACUACUGCCGGCACGGUAUACUACAAUGCUACCCAGUAUGGUUAUGACUGUCCUGCGUAUGGAUCGGAUACUACCACUCUAGUGAAACAGGGUCUAAUCACUCUGAAUGAGGAUUGUAUGAAUUUGAAUGUCAUUCGUCCUCAGACAGAGGAUCCCGGGUUGCUUCCGGUGAUGAUUUGGAUCUUUGGCGGUGGAUGGACGCAGGGUGCUACUGCGGAUCCGAGGUAUAACAUGAGUUAUAUCGUUGAACAGAGCGCUUUGAAUGGAAAACCGGUCUUGGGCGUCUCUAUCAAUUACCGAUUGUCAGCCUUUGGAUUCCUGGAUUCGGAGGAAGUGAGGGCCGAGGGCAACACCAACCUAGCUCUGCGCGACCAGCGGAUUGCCAUGCGGUGGGUGAAGAAGAACAUCAAAGCCUUUGGAGGAGAUCCAAAGAAGAUUACUAUCUGGGGAGAGUCAGCUGGUGCAUACAGCGUUGGAGCCCAUCUGGUAACCAAUGAUGGAAAUAACGAGGGGCUUUUCAGAGCUGUAAUCAUGGACUCAGGUAAUGCUGUUGGUCCUCCCUACAACGGUACUGAAUGGCACCAGCCGAUGUACAACCGAAUCGUCGAGAGAGCUGGCUGUACGGAUGCUGAAAAUACCCUCCAAUGUCUUCGCGAAUUACCAUACGAAAAGAUAUACGACUCUGCCUACGAAGGCCUCGAAUGGUUUGCAACUAUCGACGGAUCAUUCAUAACGCAAUACCCCCAAAUAAGCUACAAGAAAGGCAAAGUAGCCCAGGUACCCAUUCUCCUAGGCACCAACACAGACGAAGGAACCAGCUUUGGUACAACAGACACAGACACAGACAAAGACUGCAUUGAUGAGUUGACCAAAUCUAAGCGCUGGGUCUUGAACCGCACCCAAGCCACUACCCUUCUACAACACUAUCCCAACAUCUCCGCCAUCGGCUGUCCCUACGGCUGGGGGAAUAUCACCUGGCCCGCCCUGGGCCAGAUGUACAAGCGGUAUUCAUCCAUGGCAGGAGAUUUGACAAUGGUAGCACCACGGCGUCUGCUAGCGCAGACCAUGUUUGAAUUCACAGAUGUGUUUUCGUACCGGUGGGAUGUAGCUGCAUUGAAUACUUCAUCCACAAUUGGUGUGCAGCACUUUGCCGAGAUUCCCUUCGUUUUCGCAAAUCCCGUUCAAACCAUUACGCCUCUGGGAAGUGAUCCUGCCCGUCUAGAAUUGGGACAGAUGGCAGCGCGCAUGUGGACGUCUUUUGUAGCAGAUCUGGAUCCAAAUGGACAUGGUGGUAAGAAUUUUCUUUUAAAUCUCGCUUCGGGUGGCUUGAGGCUGAUUGUUGACUCGCAUCUAGUAUCUGGUAUCUCUCGAUGGCCGAAAUACGCAUCUGGUACAUCCGCUUCGAAUUUCGUUCUCCGCUUGCCCCGGACUGAGAGCUAUACUGAGGCUGAUACGUACCGUGCUGCUGGGAUCGCGUAUAUCAAUAGUAUUGCACGGUAA